AUGAUAGGCUCGCAAGCAAUCGUUUCUUUUCCAAGAACUGAUGGAAAUCUUGCAGUUUAUACCUCACCGAUAACAAGUUACGGAACACGAUUGGAACAAGGAAAUCUUACCUUUCCUGUCUUCGAUAUAUCUGCUACAAAUCAGAACAAUGAGAUGAUAAUCUAUGCCAGUCUGCAGCUCCAUGGAAACAUCAGUACAGUCAAUCAUCUCUGGCAAGUAGGUCCAAUGUCUGGAAACACUCCAAUGAUGCAUAGCGUUGCUCCAUCCAGUCCUAAUGUUAAAUCCAUGGGGAGUUUGGAUUUCCUUUCGGGGAGGACUACUUCUACAAAAAGUUCUCCAAGCACACUGAAAACCGUCCAUGGAAUAUUGAACACAGUAAGCUGGGGUAUUCUAAUGCCUAUUGGGGCCAUCAUUGCAAGGUACAUGAAAAGGUUCGAAUCUGCCAACCCUUUGUGGUUCUACUUGCAUGUCAGCUGUCAAAUGCUGGCUUGUAUUCUUGGUGUUCUUCCUGGAUUUGUGACUGGGAUUGUUCUUGGCUUGAGGUCCCAAGGAAUCGAACAUUCCUGUCACAGGAUCAUCGGCAUUGUCCUAUUCUGUCUUGCAAUGGCACAGGUGUUGGGUGGCUUGUUCAGACCUAACAAAGACAGCAAGUAUCGGCCUUUCUUCAACUGGUUCCACUGCUUGGUGGGCUUUUCAACACUUAUCCUAAGCGCAUCCAACAUAUUUGUGGGAUUUGGCAUAUUACGCACUGCAAACUUUUGGAGGAAUGCCUACAUUGCCGUAUUAGGAGUCUUGGGGUCCAUCGUGUUGCUAUUGGAAUUAUACUUUUGGUACAUUAAUCGGAUUAAAGGUCGGAAGUCAGAAACCUCGGACAAGAACAAGUCCACUGGCAUUGCAGUAGCAGCAUAG